AUGAAAUUAUUCGUUGUUGUGAUAUUGGCCUUAGUGGCUCAGAAUUAUGCUAAUUAUUUGGAUUCCUCGGAAGAGGACAGCAGACAAUCUAGAAAUCGCAAUGCUCAAAGAGAAAUAAAUGAGCUCUUAAUGUCUAGCGGAAUGGAAUCCUCCACUCAUUGGCAGUCAGCAGCUGCAUCCUUGCCCGAGGCCAGUUCGUUUAAAUCCAAAGUAACACAUCGUAUAAAGAACUCCAGCGAUUUGUCGGGUAUGUCGCAAUUGAAAGAAAAUCUUUAUAAAUUGGCCAAUGAAAAAUUGGAAAAAUGCAUGAAACCUAAUGGUCGCGAAUUGGAUAGACAUUGUGUGGGCCGUGCCACCGGACAAGUUAUGCAAUUAAUUGCUUCUGCAGAAAAUGCCAGCCGUCAUACAGUACAUGGUGGCCACCGAAGACAACAGGACAAUUAUUAAAAAGUCAAUGAAAAUAAUGGAAUGAUUUUACGGAUUAACU